AUGGCAUCGACCUAUUUCUACGGACAUCAGCACCAACAGCAACACCAUGUUGUCAAUGCCCAUCUGCAAUCCAACAACCACCACGGUGGCCGCCGGAGAGGCCCUCGCAUGCCAGGUCAGAACGCUCAAAGACAGUCUCGCAGUGUGAAGGCCAUGCGGGAAAUGGCCGAGGCUCCCACCGUUGCUGCUUUCCGUCUGCGCUUCGAGGCCGGCCGCUCUUUUGACUUGGAUGACGAUUUGGAAUUUUGUCCCAAUCUCCUCACAGAAGACGAUUUACAUUCAAUCCAUUCGUCUGCCUCGGAUCGCUCAUCCCUGUCGAGCGGCUCUCCAGAUUCCUCGCCUAUGCAACAUCAAAUUCAACCUGCCCAGCAACAAGUCACGCCAAGCAUUUCACUCUCCCCCGGGCCAUCCACGACCUCUUAUGUCAACAAUGUUGCUGCCGCUGCCGCCAUGAAUAGUAAUCUUAAUGCCAUGCAUUUCCAGCAGCCAGCGGCUGCUCGUACACGGAAAGUCAUUCCUAUUGUCAACCCGCAGACCGGCGUCACACUCGCCAGCCCCCCUACGUCGAUCAAUCCCAGCAUGAUGCAGAGCCAGCGUCGGUGGUGA